AUGCUAGGAACGCCGCGGGGCUCACGUGCCCUGUGCACCGCUCUGCACGUCCAUCUCUUGGCUGUAUUGCCCAAAGACCCACCCCUGCGACAUCAAACGGAGGACGACUGCAACGACCCAGAUCACCGACCAGAUCACCGACCAGAUCACCGACCAGACCAGGCCAGACCAGACCAGGCCAGAACAGAGAGAAAAGGGCUGACUCUCGACGCCCAGAAUAAACAGCUGUGUGUGCACUCACUAAGAGGCCCCUUCAAGUUACACAACCAAAAAUUGCAAGCAUGGUUGCCCAGUUUCAAGAAGGACUCGAUAACCGAAAACAAAGAUAUUAAUGGCUGGAUUGAGAAGUACCUGGGGGUUGGUGAGUGGGUGAUGGAUACCUCGGUGGCCUUUGCUGGAUCCAGUGGCUGGUUUGAGAGAAAGCGGUAG